AUGAGAGUAGAUAGGGGAACUGUCCUGGUUACCGGUGCCAAUGGCUACAUUGCGUCCUGUACAAUAUAUGAGCUUCUACAGGCCGGUUAUGCAGUCCGCGGAACAGUACGCUCGCCACAUUUGGCCGAUCGACUGAGGGCGAGACUACGAACAUGGAGUGACGAUGGCCUGUUGGAGAUUGUACAUGUGCCUGACAUUACUAUUCCAGGUGCUUUUGAUAAUGCCGUCCAAGCUGUUGCUCACAUCGCGGCCCCUAUCUCUUCGACAUUCACAGACCCCAGUCCAAUUCUCGCUACGGCGGUUCAAAGUACGACAGGUCUCCUAGACUCUUGCGUGAGUGCUGCGGGACCCAACCUCAAAUCCUUCAUUUUGAUGUCCUCAGCCACUACGAUGAUACCGAAAGGGCUCUAUGCACACUUAAUCACCGAAGCAGAUUGGGAAAACUGGGCCGAAGAUGAGAUUGCUGCCUUGGGGCCACGAGCAUCCGCAUCGUCGAUCUAUGUUGCGAGCAAAACCGCCUCCGAAAGGGCCAUGUGGAGGUUCCGGAAUGAACGCGGGCCACCGUUUUCCAUGACUUCUAUCAAUCCUGGCUUUGUGUGUGGUCCACCGCUAGUGCUCCCCGACGACCCGAAUCAGCUAUCGGAGACCGCUGGCAUAGUCUGGGAUGUUUUCCACGGCCAGAAAGUGAAACCGGCUUUUCAGGGCAUCUGGCCUUACGUCGACAUACAUGAUGUUGCUCGUUUGAUUAUCUGGGCUAUCGAUCACCCAGCCCUGUUGGACAAGGAGCGAUACCUAGCAGUAGCCACAGAGGCUAGUCCCUUAAAUAUCGCCGAACUUUUACUCAGAGGCUACCCAGGCCGGCGAGACAUUAUCCGAGGACCGUGGUCCGGGGCGAAUGAUUCGUCAGAGCAACCGGUUCCAGGGCGCACUGUGGGAUUCGAUGCCUCUAAAGCAGUCAAGGCGACGGGCAAGCCAUGGAUUUCGUUUGAUCGAACAGUGCUUGAAGCUGCGAAGGAUUUUGAGGUAUACCUCUAG